CACGGGAGUCGCACCCACAUUGUAUCCUUGUUACUUAUUACUGUUGAGCUGUCGUUCAACAUUAACGGUUGCCCCUGGCCUGUUUAAACGAGGGCUAUCUAUAUUGGGUUUAUUUUGAGGAAUGCUAGUUAUCCACCAGUCUUCUUGCCAUGAGAGUUCGGUAACCAUCUUCAUUGUGUGUGUGUGGGGGGGGGGGGUGAAGAAGAAGACAGUGGCUCGGCGAAUACAAAUCUUCAUCACCGGAAGGGUGAUGAAGGUGGGUCUUCGUCGCGUGGAGAGUGAAUCGUCCACCACGUCGGUAUAACAGACGUGAUCAAUUGAAGCGUCCACCACGGACGAGUGCGAGCGCUUUGGUGUCCAUCCAGGGAGGCGUGGGAGCUUUUGCAGCGAGCGGCAGUAGCUUGAGGGGCUCAUUCGUCACGGGAAGAGCGAGAGUUGCGCGGUGCCCGUCGCGAAACGACGGGAGGGAGGAGUGAUCAAAGCGUCCCAUCGCGGACGGAGGAGCAAUUGGCCCGCUGGUUUGGAACGGGGCCGGGGUGCUGGGGCAGGGUACUGGGGCCGGACUUUGCGCAGGAAGCGCCGUCACAUGACUGCCUCGCCCGUGUCUCCGCUACAGCUCGCAGAGUGCGCGUUCGUCUCGCUCGCUCUCUCUCGCUCUCUUUAAAAAAACAGAAACUUUUUUAAGCAACUUUUUUUUGUCGCGUAAACUUGCGACGUUCUAAACGCCGCCGCGGCACGCACGUCCCUGACUCCUACACGGGGGACUCGGAACUCGCGUUGAAGGCUUCCAUCUGGGGGGGAUGGUGGUGGUGGUGGUGGGAUAGGGAGGGAAAAAGACUGCGAACCUCGACAAAAACCGGUUCGAACGCCCUGGUGGUGCCCGGCCGAAUCGGAUUGCAGGGGAGAGGUUGUGCCUUCAAACCAAACACAGCUGCAAGGAGCAGCAACGGCAGUCACGAUGCAGCCUCAGGGUGGCGAGAACGAGCGGGGCCCGACAGACGAAGAGGCAUUCCAGCUCGCCGCCGCGUACGUCUCGGACGCGCAGUUUGCGCGAAACAUCCCCUUCCAAACGGCCCGCCGCUGCAUCUGGUACUACCGCCUGUACACGCGCUGGGUUACCUGGGGACCCAUGUAUGUGUUUCUGGCGUUGAACCUGGCUCUGGCCUUCCUGGAGACUCCUGCUAAACCUCAGCUGGAAUCACCUCUCUGGGUCACCAUGCUCCUGGAGAGCCUCUGCCUCGUGGCCUUCUCGUCUCGCCUCGUGCACCUGGCAAAGUUCACGGAGCGCAGCGUAUUUUGGAAGGACCCCAAGAACAUUUGUGUCCUGGUCACCAUUAUCCUGACGGUGAUCGACAUGGUUAUUUACGUUGCGCUCACGCACAGCGGCUAUUACAUCGUGAGGUGGUCGCGCGCCCUCCGGCCGCUCUUCGUCAUCAACUUCAGCGAGAGCAGGCAGCUGCGUCGCUCGUUCCGGAACAUCCGACGAACACUGCCGGAAAUCUUGGGCGUGCUGGUGCUCUUUCUCUUCAGCAUUGCCAUAUUCUCCCUCAUGGCCUUCAAGCUCUUCGGAAAAAGACAUUUGAUCACAGGCGAAGGAAAGCCGUACUUUCAGAACUACUUUAAUAUUUUCUUUGAGCUCUAUGUGCUGGUGACGACGUCCAACAGCCCUGACGUCAUGAUGCCAGCCUACAACAGCAGCAGCUGGUAUGCCAUUUUCUUCAUCAUCUACAUCGUGGUGAACACCUACCUGUUCAUGUCCAUCUUCCUGGCGGUGGUCUACAACAACUACAGGAAGCACCUCAAGAAUGAGGUUCGCAACUCGGUGUUCAGCAAGCGGCGGACGAUGGCCAAGGCAUUUGGGAUCCUGCGCGAGCGGCUCGGGGAGGGCUGGGCGGUGAGCCAGCAGAGCUGGAUGCAGCUGGUGGGGAUGGCAGUGCCGAGCAUGAGCCAGGCCCAACGCCUGCUGCUGUGGCAGGUGUCUGACGAGGAGCACACAGGGCACAUUGGCAAGCAGGCGUUCGUGCGGCUCACCGAUCUGCUCAACAUCGAGGUCAUCGAGACGAGGGGGCGGCAGCACCCCCUGCAGAGCUGUGCCCCCCGCGUUUACAGCUCCGCCGCAAGCCAGGCCCUGCGUCACGUCGUACAUCACAGGUUUUUCCGCUACUUCUUCGAUGGGGUCAUCCUGCUGAACGCGGGCUUCAUCGCGGGUGACGAGGCUAGCCUGGCGAUCCGUCAAGCCGAGUGGCUCUUCCUGGGCCUCUACGUGCUGGAGAUCUUGCUCAAGCUGUACACGUACGAGCCACAGACCUUCUUCUCACGCAGCAACUUCUGGAACUGGUUUGACGUGAUGAUCGUCAUCUCGGCUCUACUUGCAACGAUCAUCGUACAUUCCACCACGACCAGCACUCAGAUUUUGGACUUCUUGCUGAUCCUCCGUGUGCUGCGGCUGUUGAGGAUCGUUGAAAGUUUUGAGCGAUUCCGCGUGGUGAUUCACACCAUGAUCAACAUCGGCCCCACUAUGGUGACGUACGCAGGGCUCAUCAUGGUGUUUUACUACACGUUUGCCAUCCUCGGGAUGGAGCUGUUCCAGGGAAAGAUCCGAUUCUUUCCGGCUGGGAGCGCGGAUGCUCAGCCGUUCUGCGGGAACCCCCUGCUCAAUGGCUCCAAGUUCUACAACGAGAAGUACUGCAAGAACAACUUCAAUGAUCUCUCCUCCUCCUUCGUCCUGCUGGUGGAGCUCACCGUGGUGAACCAGUGGCAUGUUCUCGCCAGCGGAUUUGUGGCCGUUACCAACGUAGGAGCCAGGGUUUACUUCAUCCUCUUCCACAUGAUCGUCGUCAUCUUGGUCAUCAACAUAUUCAUCGCCUUCAUCCUGGAGGCAUUCAUCCUGGAGUACACGCUUGACAAGGGCGAGACGGAGUCGGCGAUAGAAAAGAAGAUCCAGGAGUUGGGGCUGGGCAUCGCCGAGGAGGACGUGGCGGGUAACGGCAUGGUGCUCGUCGACAACAUGGAGACGCAGGACCAGGAGCCGAGUGGCGUGGAGGCCAGCAAGCCCGCCGACAGCCGCAUCAUGUUCAAGAUAUCGGACAGGCGCUACAGGACGGUGGACACGCUGCUCCAGCGCAUGUUUGAGGAGGAGCUGGCGCCGGAGUACGAGGGGCCGUACGACGACCACGAAGACAUCGACGUCAGGCCCCAGCAGCUCACGCUGGACAACCUGGUCUAGGCAGGAGCUGGCAACGACGCGAAGCAAGGUCGACGGGCGUAGCGGUGGCGAGGGUGGAGAUCAGGGUUUUGGAGGUUCGUGGCUGAGUAGGCCAACGGUCUUUAUAACCACUGAAGCUGAAUGAAACUCUCAAUGCAAGCAUAACUCGCAACGGGGUGGCACGUGUUCACAAUUGGAAAGCCACUUAUGAUAAGUCUCACAGGUCUAGGGAGAGCUGUGUUAUCGUGACUUGUUCUUACGUUAAAUUCCAUAUUUAUUGUGCUAAUAUUUGAUAUUCAGCCACUGCAGUGUAUUUUUCUGAUUGUUGCUUAUUAUAAUUACAUGUCAUGCCUGGGAUUAAAGGACUAGUAGUACCAGUUAUUGGCCAACGUUAUUAUACACACAACUACCACAACUGUGAUUGACAGUGCCCUCGAUGUUUGUGUAUAUUUGAGUUAUAGGCCAGUGUUUUGUUAAUGACGGCAGUAAAGUGUUUUCAGCCUGCCAACUCAACUGCCAAUUCCAUUUACGUACAGUGUUAAAGUCUUGAGUUAUUAUAAUGGAAUUGUUUGAAUCGUAACAAGUGCAAUGUUGUUAAGCAUUACAAAUUCCUGUAUUUUCAUGAGAAGGCAGAUUCCGUGUUGGGGGGGGGGGGCAGUGAUGGGGCAGCUACGCAAGGCUGCUGCUGCUGUUGGGGCAGCUGAGACACCACGGGAGGGAUGCCGAAUUCACUCUCCUCCGGCAAGAUUUUGUUUCUGAUUAGCGUUAUCUGAUUCUUGUCAUUUUUUUGUUUACAUUGUCGUUGUCUAUGUGCACAAAGCCUCACAGCUGCAUCUUGCCUGAACUUAAUCGCAAUUAAAAUACGUAUAUGAUUGAGACCGAUGCUCUUCCACGUGGAGAAUUAAUCACUCGGGCAAAUUAGGGCAUUGACGUGGGCGUGAUUUGUUAAAAACCCAAGGGAAUGUAUAUUGGUCAUAACCCCUAUUGUGUACAUAAAAGUAUACGGAUCCUAAUUUAUAUAUGGACAAAAACACGUGGCUAACCGCCACACAACACGUGCACAAUGUACACAAUGCAAUCCCCUCUCGUGUACAUAUUCACCCAUCGAUAGACGCGUGCAGUGUCUGAGAAAAUGCCACGUUUACCGUCCCCAAUAGCUUGCACCGCCACAACGUGCACGUGGUCAAUCCACGAGCUACAUGAAGGCCUCCCUCACCCAAUCCGCGUGGUGAACACGUAUCACCGUAUCAUAAACAGCAGGCUGAGUCUGCUUCCAAUUAGCGUGUUUGCUGGAGUGCAUUGAUUUUUAUUUUAUUUUAAUAAAUGAGGUUUAGUAGGUCCGUAGGACGGAUACAACUAAUAUUUUAUGUGUAACUGGCAAGCGUGGGGCAAUUGCACCACGAUGGAAACGCAGUGGCUGAGGUUGCAUUGUUUGCCUUGGCAUCGGGUUAUGGGAGGGGAAAGCUGGAAGAAUGGCGACGACACACCUGUCAACCCCUUAUCAGUGCCUCCCUUAUUACGGACCAAUUCAGACCUUGUUGGUCACCCCGUGCCCUUAUAAAU